AUGGGGCCCCCGGGCAGUAGGGGAUCAUGGGGCCCCUGUGUCCUUGCCCAAACUCAAAAAAGCCUAUGAAAAAGGUACCAGGGGCAUCUCAUGGGGGCCCCCUACUGACCCCGGGCCCUCAGGCAGUGCCCGAGUUUCCAAAUGGUCAGUCCGCCCCUGGUUCACACCACUUCAUGUAGUGCUUUUUUACAGGACAGCGGAUUGCAACCCAAACUACCACAUUGCAAUGCCACUGUAGAGAUUGGAGAUUUGGGUUUACGUUUCCUCAUUAAAUAAAACAGUAUUAUGCUAUGGAAGCUUUUUAUUGUGUCCUAAUGAGAUA